CCCAUGUCCCAAUGCUUCCUUAACCAUCAACACUCCAUUCUUAAACCUUCAUUCAUUAAACUCCCUUCUGUCUCUUCUCUUCAUCUGAUAAACUACAAUGUGAAGCAAUGAAAAUACUAGAGCUAGUGUGAUUAAUCUAAUUUAUUAGUAUUUGUCUUGUACAUUACCACUACUACUAGUACUAGCUGCUAUUAUAUUCAAUUUUCUUCAUCAUAAAUCUCCAUUUAAGUAAUCAAAGUACUAUGUAAUCUAAUGAACAUCAUUAAUGUCCAGCACUUCCAUAUUACUAUUACUAUCACUUUGUCUCUUCAUUCACUCUACUUUAAAGUUACUUAAAUCUCACUUCACUUUAUAGAGUAUGUUUUUUUGCCUUUUCCUCUCUCUGCUCUCUCCUUCCAUGCUUGUCCAAACCCUAGAUCUGUCCCCCUCUUAGGUAACCUCAACAACCUUUGCUUCUAUAUCAAAGAAAACAUUUCUCUCUCUCUCCCUCUGACCUCUGUGUAUAUUUAUUUAUGUUUGUGUAUUAACUGCUGUUUGUGUUGAUUUCUAGGUGCAGCUUUUUUAGUGACAGUGAAAAAAGUUGAAAGUGGGUAAAAUAUUUUGUUGGGAGAUGAGUGGCAGCACCUCUACAUCAGUGGUGGGGGGAGGGGGGUAUGGGUAUGGUUACCGGCCACCAUUCACGGCAGUGCAAUGGCAGGAGCUGGAGCAUCAGGCAAUGAUAUACAAGUACCUGGUGGCAGGUCUACCUGUUCCACCGGACCUCGUUGUUCCAAUUCGUCGGAGUUUUGAAGCCAUCUCUGCUAGGUUCUUUCAUCACCCCAGCUUGGGCUAUUGUUCCUAUUACGGAAAGAAGUUUGACCCUGAGCCCGGAAGGUGUAGAAGGACUGAUGGAAAGAAGUGGAGGUGCUCGAAAGAUGCAUAUCCUGACUCCAAAUAUUGUGAGCGGCACAUGCAUCGAGGUCGCAACCGUUCAAGAAAGCCUGUGGAAUCUCAAUCUGCUUCCCAGUCCUUGUCGACUAGUAUGUCGCACAUUACUACUGGGAGCAGCAAUACAAGAGGAAGUUUCCAAAGUAGCAGCUGUGGAAGUUUCCAGCACAUGCCAUUAUAUUCUGUCGCUAAUUCAGAAGAACUGAAUUAUGGAAGCAGUGCAACAAAGUUGCAGAUGGAGCUCGUGUCCUAUGGAAUAGAUAACAAGGACUAUAGGUAUCUCCAUGGAAUUGCUCCUGAUGCUGAUGAGCAUAAUUUAUCUUCAGAAACUUCUGCAACUGUCAGAAAUUUAGGGAUGGGGACCACCAUGGACAGCACAUGGGUAUUGCCUUCUCAAGUUUCUUCAAGCCCCACGGCGAGACCAAAAAAUGAUUCUCAGUUGCUGGGUAGCUCACAGCAGAUGCAUCUACCUAAUCUACUUGAGCCAAUGAUUGAUUCAACAAUUUCAAAACGACGACACCAGCAUUGCUUCUUUGGCAGUGAAAUUGAUUCACCUGGAACAGUAAAGCAGGAGCAGCAGUCAAUGCGCCCUUUCUUUAACGAAUGGCCCACUGCUAAAGAAUCGUGGUCCAACCUUGAUGAUGAGGAAUCGAACAAAAACAAUUUCUCCACUACACAGCUCUCUAUAUCCAUUCCAAUGGCUCCUUCUGACUUCUCUUCAAGAAGUGCUUGCUCCCCGAAUGGUGAAAAUUGACAUCCUUGGAAAAAUAGCUUCUCCCAUCCUACUGGUUUAGUCUUUUACAGCAAGCUUAUUGAUAUCAUUUGGUUUUUUCUUGGCUGUAGAUGCUUGAGGGAGCUGCCGCUGUAAAAACUCAGCAGUCUGGUGCUAUGCAGAUGAACCGACAUGCUAGUACUAACGCGUCAUCUGCUUGUAUGAGCUUUAUGUAACCUUCAUGUUGCUGGAACAUUGAGUUGUUCCAUGUCUGUGGUUGAUUUUCAAUUUUCAACGAUGUUUUAAGAAAAAACAAGUUGUCUUCAAAUGUUGCCCGUGUUCGUUGUCAAAAAUAAAUGUAUUUUUACCAGUCUUUCUGCUGGUGUUUAGAUGAU